AUGGACUCGGGCAACAUGAAGUCCAAGCAGGGCCGCAAUCCUGCUCGGAUCUGUGCUGCCCGCUGCGGCGCCGUCUUCUCUGCAACGAGCGCCACUCCCGAGCUGGCGGGUGCGACAGCGACGGCGUCAGCUCUCACUCUCCGGCUCAAAUUCAAUUGCUUUCCCUACUCCUCGCCAGCAUCCAGACGUCCGCACCCUUCCUAG